GGCACUGACUGUUUUUUGGUUUGUAACCCCCAAGGUGUCCUCUGACUGACAGCGGGGUGCCUCAGGGGAAAUGAAAGAGCAAAAAGAUGAUGAAUGGUUGUGUUGAAAAAGUUCUUUCUAACAUCUGACCGCACUGUGUAUUGUGCACAGUCAUCCAUGUGUGAACAUUUUCUCCCCUUUCCUUCCCCAGAAACCGGCAAACUCAUGUGACAUCUACGUCCACCGUUUGGACACAGAGGAGAUGACGAUGGAGAUCUCUCCUGAAGAUGUUUCCACGAUCAGGGAAAUCGAUCGUCUUUGACAACUUUCCGGAUCCCACCGACACCUGGGAGAUCAUCGAGACAAUCGGGAAAGGGACGUACGGGAAAGUCUACAAGGUGCUCAACAAAGUUGAUGGAAGUAAAGCAGCUGUAAAGAUACUGGACCCCAUCCAUGACAUUGAUGAGGAGAUCGAAGCAGAGUACAACAUCCUCAAAGCUCUGUCUGACCACGCCAACGUUGUCAAAUUCUAUGGGAUGUACUACAAGAAGGACGUGAAAUGUGGAGAUCAGCUGUGGCUAGUACUGGAGCUCUGCAACGGCGGCUCGGUGACAGAUCUGGCUAAAGGCAUGCUGAAGAGAGGCGACAGAAUGGAUGAAGCCAUUAUUGCCUACAUCUUGCACGAGGCCCUCAUGGGCCUCCAGCACCUGCACGUCAACAAGACCAUCCACCGUGACGUCAAAGGCAAUAACAUCCUUUUGACGACACACGGGGGGAUCAAGCUGGUGGAUUUUGGUGUCUCGGCCCAGCUGACAAAUACCCGCCUGAGGAGGAACACCUCUGUGGGAACUCCCUUCUGGAUGGCUCCUGAGGUAAUAGCAUGUGAGCAGCAGCUGGACUCCACCUACGAUGCUCGUUGUGACGUCUGGUCGCUUGGCAUCACCGCAAUAGAGCUGGGAGAUGGAGACCCGCCCCUCUCUGACCUCCACCCAAUGAGAGCCCUUUUCAAAAUACCAAGAAAUCCUCCGCCUACUCUCCACCAGCCGGAGCUCUGGUCAGACAACUUUAAUGACUUCAUCUGCAAAUGUCUGAUUAAGGACUUUGAGCUGAGACCAAAUGUGUUAGACCUGCUCCAGCAUGCGUUCAUCAAACAGAUUGUCAGCCGAGAGAAAAUCCUGCAGAAACAACUGAUUGAGCUCAUUGAUCUCAACCAACAAAUAGGAGUCAUUGAAAAAACAAGCCAUCAUGGAAAGACAGACAGAAGCACAGACAGUAAUGACAGGCAUGAACGCAUUCACACUAAAAGAGGAGGACACUUGAAGAUGCAGACUGACGCGGAUGAGGUGAACGACCUCGCCACCUUGGAAGUUUUAGACGAGAACACGGUGACGGAUCAGCUUCAGAUUCGCUAUGGAAAAGAUCAAAUCUACACCAACGUGGGAGACAUCCUCAUCGCCGUCAACCCUUUCCAUAAGAUGGAGAUAUACACUCCUGAACACACUAAGAUGUACAUAGGAACUAAGCGUAAAGAUAACCCGCCACACAUCUUCGCUGUGGCUGACGUCGCCUACCAGUCCAUGGUGUCGUACAACACAGACCAGUGUGUUGUGAUCUCUGGGGAAAGUGGAGCUGGGAAAACAGAGAGCGCUCAUCUGUUGGUGCAGCAACUGACGGCUCUCGGGAAGGCCGAUAAUCGGACGCUCCAGGAGAAGAUCCUGCUGGUUAACCGCCUGGUGGAGGCUUUCGGGAACGCCUGCACCGUCAUCAACGACAACUCCAGCCGCUUUGGCAAGUACCUGGAGAUGAAGUUCACCGCCAGUGGAACGGUGGUUGGAGCGCAGAUAUCCGAGUACCUGCUGGAGAAAUCCAGAGUCAUCCACCAGGCAGCAGGGGAGAGGAACUUCCACAUCUUCUACUACAUUUACGCCGGCCUGGCUGACAGGAAAAAACUAGCCCACUACAAGCUCUCUGACAACAAAACACCUAAGUAUCUGUGUAAUGAGCACAUUAAAUUAGGGCCUGACAUAGUGAGCAACACCUUCUACAAGGAGCAGUUUGAUGCAGUGGAGCAGUGUUUCAAAGUCAUUGGAUUCACCCUGGAGGAGCUGGGCAGUGUUUACAGCACGCUGGCCGCCAUCCUUAACUCCGGCGAUAUCGAGUUCUCUCCGGUCGCCUCGGAGCACCAAACAGACAAGAGCGACAUCGCCAACAAUUCUGUUCUGGAGAACGUGGCAUCGCUGCUCUGCAUCCGCUCAGACGAGCUCCAUGAAGCUCUGACCUCCCACUGCGUUGUGACCCGGGGAGAGACGAUCGUCAGGCCCAACACGGUGGAGAAGGCCGCGGAGGUGAGGGACGCCAUGGGCAAGGCUCUCUACGGCCGCCUCUUCAACUGGAUCGUCAACCGCAUCAACGUGCUGCUGCGGCCCGACGGCGACCCAGGAGAGAACGACAAAGGCUUGAACAUCGGCAUCCUGGACAUCUUCGGCUUCGAGAACUUCAAGAAGAACUCCUUCGAGCAGCUUUGCAUCAACAUCGCCAACGAGCAGAUCCAGUUUUACUUCAACCAGCACAUCUUCGCCUGGGAGCAGGAUGAAUACCUGAAUGAGGAGGUGGACGCUCGGAUGAUCGAGUAUGAGGACAACCGGCCCCUCCUGGACCUCUUCUUACAGAAGCCCAUGGGGAUGCUCUCGCUUCUGGACGAGGAGAGUCGCUUCCCGCAGGCCACGGACCAGACCCUCGUAGAGAAGUUUGAAGACAACCUUAAGACCAAAAGCUUCUGGAGGCCAAAGAGGGUCGACCUCGGCUUUGGUAUUCAUCACUACGCUGGGAAGGUGAUUUACAACGCCGCGGGCUUCUUGGCCAAGAACAGGGAGACACUACCGGCCGACAUUGUCCUGCUGCUGAGGUCGUCGGAGAAUGAGCUCACUCGCAAACUGGUCACCCAUCCCCUCACCAAAACAGGCAACCUUGCCCACACCAAGGGUAAAGGCAUAAACACAAUGCGCAGCCCGCGGACCCCGACACGCACCAUCACCUUAGCCAAGCCGGGUGAAGACACGCCUUCCCACCCGAGAGAAACCACCAACAUGAGAACGCAGACCGUGGCCUCGUACUUCAGAUACUCUCUGAUGGACCUGCUGUCCAAGAUGGUGGCAGGGCAGCCUCACUUUGUUCGCUGUAUCAAACCAAACAACGAUCGGCAGGCCCACAAGUUUGACCGGGAGAAGGUUCUGGUUCAGCUGCGCUACACGGGAGUCCUGGAGACCGCCAAGAUCAGACGGCAGGGCUACUCUCACCGCAUCGCGUUCGCUAACUUCGUGAAGAGGUAUUAUACCUUGGCCUUUAAUGCUCAAGAGGAGCCAGCUGCGUCUCAAGAAACGUGUGCUACCAUCCUGGAGAAAGCCAAGCUGGAGCACUGGGCGAUGGGGAAGACUAAGGUGUUUCUCAAGUACUACCACGUGGAGCAUCUGAACCUGAUGAUGCAGAAGGCCACGCAGCGGAUCGUCCUGCUCCAGGCUUACGUCCGAGGCUGGCUGGCGGUCAAACGAUACCAGCGGAUAUUAAAAGAGCGACAACAAAGUGCUCUGGUGCUGCAGUCAGCUUACAGAGGUCAGAAAGCUCGGAAGAGGGUGGCUGGCGACAAGAGCAAAUUGAAGUUAGAGGCCUUCAUCGUCCAGUUUCAGGCUGUUUGCAGGGGUUACCUCGCAAAACAGAAAUACAAGGAGCUGCUAGAUGAGAAGAACAAAGCUGCGACCAAGAUUCAGGCUCGCUACAGAGGGCACAAGGAAAGGAAAAGCUUCCAAAGAAAGAAGGAAGUGAGAGAGAAAGAAGCCCUCAAAGAUAUAAAAGAAGAGACUCCGGAGCCGGGAAAAAACAAUGAAGAGAACGCUGCUGGUCCCAGCGACGAAGCAAACGACGAGGAAGACGAAGCUAAAGCCGCCGUGGUUCUCCAGAGCAACUUCAGGGGCUACAAGGAGAGGAAAAAGUUUAAGGAGAGGAAGAAGACGAUGGCUGGCGAUGAAUUAGAGAUACCAGCAGAACAAGAAGGUGGACAAGAGGGAGGAGAAAAGACAGAAGAUAAACCAGAGGAGGAGGAAGAAGAAGAAGAAGAAAGUACAUAUAAAGCAGAGGAGAACGACGACAGCGAUCACACUCAGGUGCCCGAAGACGAGGAGCAUACAGAAGUGGCAGAUGAAGCGGUGAUGGAGGACGAACCAGCAGCAGAGGAUGGAAAAGAAGGUCAGGAGGAGGACAAGGUGGAGGAGGACGGACAAGAAGAGGCUGCAGGGGAAGAGGUCGGCAACAUAGAAGAUGAAACCAAAGCUGCCACUGUUCUCCAGAGUAAUUUCAGAGGUCACAAAGAGAGGAAGAAGUUGCAGGAAGAAGGUAAGAUCCCGGCUAAGAAACCAAAAGCACCUGCAGCUGAAGCAAAAGUCGAAACGCCAGCCGAAGAAAAAGAAGAAGAACCAGCAGAAGAACCAGCAGAAGCUCAGGACGCAGUAGAUGUUUCUUCAGUUGAUGUCAAGGUCGACGACCAAGACGAGGCCAAAGCCGCUGUGGUGCUUCAGAGCAACUUCCGUGGCCACAAAGAGCGCAAGCGUCUCGAGGAGGAAGGAAAGCUGCCUCCGAAGAAGAACAAGGAAAAAGACGUUACACCGGAACCUGCAAAAGAAGAAGAAGAAGAAGAAGAAGAGCAAGUAGUGACGACAGAAAACUCAGAGGCAGAAAUCCAGCCGGAUGCUGCCGUGGAUGGACAGGACGAGGAAAAAGCUGCUACCGUCCUUCAGAGCAACUUCAGAGGCCAUCGGGACCGAAAGAAAAUGAAAGCAGAGAGAGAGACGCGACAGAACGCGAAGAAAGACGAGGCCGACGAGGAUGCAGGAAUGGAAACUACAGAGGAGGCCGUGGAGGAGGCCUUGGAUGUUACGGACGUGGUGAUAGAGCGUAAAGACGAGGCGGAUGAAGAAAAAGAAAGGCUGGAGGAAGAGCACGCUGCGGUGAAGAUCCAGAGCAACUUCAGAGGGUGUAAAGACAGGAAGAAGCUGAAGGCCAACAAGGAAGCAGCGCAGACCGAAGCUGAACAACUGGAGAACUUCUCCAGAGAGGUCAUGAAGACUUCUCAGGACUUUGCCGCCCUGCAGCAGAAGCUGAACGAGAUCAUCCAGGCCCAUCAGUCCAACCCGGAGAACAAUGGCAUGUUUGUGAGAGGAAAAGCGGUCAAUGGCUUGGUGCCGCCAACUGUCCAAUCAGCCGAAAAGAGAAUGUCGCGGACCCCCCGCAGGACUCAGCAGCCAAAGACCCUGAACACGCCGGAGGACUCCACCUAUUACAACCUGAUUCAUAGGUCUGUCCAGGACGAUAAACGCAAGCCCAGGAAAGAGGAUCCAGGAAAGCUCCUGGAUGUGGACGACCAGUACUACAAAGGACUGUCCAGCAGCAAGUCUGAACCCUGCAUCCCCACAGAGGACGCGUCCAUCAGCAGCAUGCCGGAGAGGAGGUCGUCCAUGGACAGGAGGCAGUCUGCGGAGCUGAAAGACGCAGCCGCUGCCGGUAGACCGACCAGAGAGAGAGCCGUCACCGAACCGGAGCAUCCCAAAGCUUCCGGUGACCACAGGCGCUCUCUUCCCAGGAUGUCGUCCACGGAGAGCCGGGCUGAGGACAACCCAUACGACUACAGACAUCUACUGAGGAAGACCUCGCAGAGACAGAAGCUCAUCAAACAGUACUGAACAAAAAACUGUUAGCGUUCAUCAUGCUGUAUGAUUUAUGAGUAUUUGAUUCAUCACAGCUUCUUGGAAAAAACCUCCACAGACUGAUUACAAGUCACCGUCUUCUUCAUGAAGGCUGCUGUAAAUAAAAAAACGCUCCAACUUUGAAGCCGGCUGUAAAUGAAGGUUUUAUUUAUUUAUGUCAUUUGUAAACUAGACGUCCACUUGAAACAUCUCUAACUUGUAAAAUAAAGAUGAUGUAAAUACAAAAGCAACGCGCCUGCACUUGAAAACUUUGCAUUUCCAAGGACGUAUGUUUGAAAAAUCAGCCUCAGUGUUGUCACGUUGUAUGAAAUGUACAUUUUUAUUCUGCUGUUUUGUUCAUUUAAACAUGAAAAUAUAUCCAAAUCUUUGUGACGCGUCAUUUCUCGUGAUAAUCAGCUUCAUUUGAACUGAACACACUUCUUCUUUGUCUGGUUUGGUGUUGGCGAUAUCAGCUCCUGUGAAUUCCACGUUGGUUUGAGCGUUUCUUUGAGAUCCGACCUCUGACCUUUCAAUGUGACAUUUGAAAAAGGAGAGAAAGCCCCACAGGGGGUGUUAGCGAAUCCCCAGCGACAUGCUGACUGCACGCACUGG